AUGACAUCAUCAUCAGCCGAGUGUUUGCCACGUGAAUUAUGGUUACAUAUAUUUACCUAUCUCGAAGGACAUGAUAUUGUUCGAUCAUUUUCUUGUCUCAAUUCAUUGUUUGAUUCAUUACUUCGUUCAUCACAUUUACAAUUAUUUAUUCGCAUUAAACAGAAUGAGUCAAAUGCAAAAUUGCCUCAAUCAACAUGGUCACAUAUUUAUCUAGAAAAUAUCUACUCAAUUACUGUUGGGCGACGAAAAGCUAAUUGUCUGAUACAAUUUUUACGAUGGCAUGCUCAAUAUCUCGUUCGUCUACAAUAUUUAUCCCUUUAUUUAAGAAAGUCGAAACUUUCUACGAAUAUUCAAUUUCUUAUCUUUGCACUUGAUCAAAUGCCUUCUCUCAAGCAGGUUCGUAUUAAAUACUUGGCAAAAUCUGUUGGCACGAUCGAUAAUUUGCAACUAUUAACAGCGUAUAUUUUCAGUAAGAGGUUUACUGCACAAAAAUGUACCCUUAUUUCUGAUAUGUCUGAUGCAAAUAUGACACCUUCCGAUUGGUCAAUAAAUCGAAUGAUAAAACAUCUUUAUAUCCAUUCAAUCACUUCAGCUGAUUUAUUCUCUCUUUUGUCGUUUACACCUCAGUUAUAUUCACUUAAAACAACGAUGAAAUUAUCUCGAGAUAUAUCUAAUCAAAACGUUGCUUUGCCUCAUCUGGAGAAAUUAAAUCUACAUCUUGAUCAUGCUUAUUUUUUACACCUUGAAAUGUUAAAAGAAUUAGCGCCAAACUUGCGAUCUCUUCGAGUAAGAGGUUAUUUCAAUACUGAUGAUGACAACUAUUUUAAUGAGAAUAUGUGGCAUAAACUAUUCAAGAAUAUCAAUUAUUUUGAUGUUGAUAUACGUAUGUGGGUGAUUUUGGAUUCAAAAAAGGUUAAUUUAAAAAGUCGUAUUCGUCAUUGUGAAGGAAAAAGUUGGUUCCAUUGGGAAGAAACGAAUGUCAUUUUACGAGGGACUAUUACAUUCAAAUCAAUGAAAACCUAG